CUUGGUUUCAUUUCCACUCCUAAGAAUUUAAGUUUCAUUUCUCACCCUUUUCCUGUGGGGAGCUCCUCUGUGGAGAGCUGAUCUUUGGCUUGCCCCACAGAAGUUUGUGAGCAAGAAGAACCUCUGGAGUCAGGACAGGAAGAAGCCAGGGGAAGUUGGCCAUGGAUUUUUCAUCACAAGAGAGCAUAAAAGAGGUGAUCUGCCCUAUCUGCCAGGAGCUCCUAAGAGAACCCAUGAGCUUGGACUGUGGCCACAACUUCUGUGAAGACUGUAUCACUGUGUACAGUGAAUCAGGGAACCCUCAAGAAUUGGAAUGCUGCUGUCCUGUUUGUCAGAGCAGAUACCAGCCUUGGAACCUCCAGUUUAACUGGCAGCUGGCAGAGAGAGUGAAGAAAUUCAGGGAGGUGGACAUGAAUUCACACCAGCCAAGGAGGAGAGAUCUCUGUGAACACCAUGGGGAAAAUUAUGAUAUCUUCUGUAAGGACGAUGGGAGGGCUAUUUGCAGGCUUUGUGUCCAGGAGCACCAAGGUCACCAAAUGUCCCCCAUAAUGGAGGUGGUCACGGAAUGUCAGGAGAAGCUCCAGGAAGCUCUGAAGAAGCUGUCACAGGAGCAGCAGGAAGCUGAGCAGUUGGAAGCUGACAUCAAUGAAGAGAGAGCUACUUGGAAGAAACACAUGCAGACUGAGAGAGAGAGGAUUCUGCAAGGGUUUGAACAAAUGAGAGGCAUCCUGGACAAAGAGGAGCAGAGGGAGCUGCAAAGGCUGGAGGAAGAUGAAGUGAAUGUGCUGGACAACUUGACUAUGGCUAAAGACCAGAUGGUCCAACAGAAGCAAUAUAUGAGUGAGCUCGCCUCAGAUCUUCAGCGUCAUAUGCAUGAAUCAAGUAUAGACAUGCUGCAGGAUGUGAUUAACACCUUAAGAAGGUGCGAGAUCUACACCUUGAAGAAGCCAAAAAUUGUUUCCAACAAACCAAAGAGUGCAUUCCAAGUUCCAGGUCUCAGUGGGAUGCUGCAGAAGUUUAAAGAAAUCUGUGAGCCAGAGGAGCCUCAUAUCAGGACAGACAGGAGCAGGGGAGCAGCUGCGAUGGCUUCAGGAAUCCUGGUGAACAUAAAGGAGGAGGUGACCUGCCCCAUCUGCCUAGAGCUCCUGACAGAACCCUUGAGCCUAGACUGUGGGCACACCUUCUGCCAAGCCUGUAUCACUGCAAACAACAAGGAGUCCAUAGUCAGUCAAGAAGGCCAGAGCAGCUGCCCUGUGUGCCGAAUCACCUACCAGCCUGGGAACCUGCGGCCUAAUCGGCAUGUGGCCAACAUAGUGGAGACGCUCAGGGAUGUCAAGUUGAGUCCAGAAGAGGAGCAAAAGACAGAUCUCUGUGAGUGCCAUGGAGAGAAACUCCUGCUCUUCUGUAAGGAGGAUGGGAAGUUCAUUUGCUGGCUUUGUGAGAGGUCUCAAGAGCACCGUGGUCACCACACUUUCCUCAUGGAAGAGGUUGCCCAGGAGUACAAGGAAAAGCUGCAGGCAGCUCUGAACAGGCUGAGGGCUGAACAGCAGAAAGCUGAGAAGUUGGAAGCUGACAUCAAAGAAGAGAGAAUUUCCUGGAAGAAUCAGAUACAAAAUGACAGCCAAAGUGUCCAGGAGUAUUUUAAAAAACUGAGAGGCUUUCUGAACACUGAGGAGCAAAAGGAGCUGCAAAAGCUGGUGAAGGAGGAAGGAGAUAUUCUCCAUGACCUGGAACAGUCUGAGCAUGAGCUGGUCCAGCAGAGCCUGGUGUUGAGAGAUCUCAUCUCUGAGCUAGAGCAUCGGUUAGAGGGGUCAAUGAGGAAGAUGCUGCAGGAUGUGAAUGGCAUCAUGAAAAGGAGUAAGACCUUUACUCUGAAGAAGCCAAAAACUGUCUCCAAGGAACAAAGGAGUGUGUUCCAAGCUCCUGACCUGAGUGAGAUGCUGCAAGCAUUUAAUGAACUGCCAUAAGUGCAUCGCCAUUGGGGUAAAGAGAUAUCACAGCCUCAUGAAGUCACCAUGACCUCAUCUUUUUAUAAAACUUUAUAUUUUCUACCUGGUUAUAUGUGGGUUUCUUUUUCAAUUUUUAAAUUUUUUUUUUUUUUUUAGAGAGAGAGAGACAGAGAUAAAGAGAAACAGAGAGACAGAGAUAGGGACAGCAAUAGAGACAGAAAUAUUAACUUGUUGUUCAACUUAUUUAUGCAUUCUUUGGUUGCCUCUUGUAUGUGUACUGACAGGAGAUGAACCUGAAACCUUGGCAUAUUAGGACAAUGCUCUAGCUGAGCUACCGACUCGGGCUGGGUCUUGUGUCUUAAGAUCCAUAUUUUUUUCCCCAAAACACAUAUAUUUCUUCAGUUUUGUACCUUUCCAGUUCCCACUCACAUUACUUUAAAGAUCUCCCUUACAAUACCAUAAAUAAAGGCACAUCAAAGUUUUUCUAUACCCUGUAACUUUUCUACAGUUCACGUGACUCUGGAUCCUCCCAAAGAUGAAUCAAAAGUUGUUGUCUCUGUGGAUCAAAGACAAAUAAGAAAUCCCUCUUCUAGAUUAAUUUAUAAAGGGUAUAAUAAUGCUUAUGAUCAAUUUGGUGUCCUGGGCUCACCGUUUAUUACACCAGGGAAACAUUACUGGGAGGUAGAUGUGUCAGAGGUACAUGCCUAGGUCUUGGGGUUAUGUGGUAAAAAAAUCCCCUGACUCAAACAUGAAGAGUUUUGUUAGACAUGGUAGCAAUUGUCAACAUGUUUACUCUAGAUAUCAACCUAAACAUAGCUUCUGGGUUAUAGGAUUAGAGAACCAAUUUAAACAUAAUGCUUCUGUGUAAUCUUCCUCCUCUGAUCCCUUGAAAUUAACCCUUUCCCUGACUGUUCCUCCAUGUAGUGUUGGGGUUUUCCUACAUUGUGAUGCUGGCACUGUCUCAUUUUUAAACAAAAUGAACCAUGGGUUUCUCAUCUAUAAAUUUUCUUCAUGUUCUUUUUCUCAGAAAAUUUAUUUAUAUUUCAAUCUUAUGAAAUGUGCUGGCCCCAUGAUACUAUGUUCUCCAAGUUCUUAAAUCACACCCUCAACCACCUCUAUGUAGUACCACUGGCCUUGGAUACAUCUAGUGAACUGAGCUUAUCUGCACCAUUCUCUCAUCUUUUCCUUGCUGCCCCUCCUUGUUUUCCCUGUUGGUCACCCAUCAUUCAUUCAUCAUGAGGGUGUACAAUUUGCCUUGGGUCACAUUUCUCCAAAAUCUUGUUUACAUUAAUAGAGAAUCUUAAUUCAUCCUUUUUUUCUAUACUCCCAAAGAAAAUGACUAUUGCCUCAUAAAAAUGCAGUUAUAGAGGUGACAUCUCUACCAAUAUUUACAAUCUCAUUUCCUCUGCUACUGAAUGGCAAGAUGAAUGAUAACUUUUCAAGAAUUUUGUAUAUGACUAAAGGCCUUGUAUAGGAGUCAUUCACUACAGAAUGAGUACUCAGGGGUGUGUCCCUUAUCCAUCAAGGAAUAAAGGAGAAUUUUUAGAAAUAA